AUGAAUGUUACAUCAGUAAUUCCGGAAAAAGACGAAGAUAUUGCGUUACGAAAUUUCCGUGAAUAUUUACGCAUCAAUACAGCUCAUCCAAAUCCGGAUUAUGAGAAAUGUAUUCGAUUUUUAUUUGAUUUAGUAGAUGGAUUGAAUUUUGAACGAUCCGUUCAUGAGUGUGUACCAGGUAAACCAUUUAUUAUUAUGACUUUACCUGGACGUGAUCAAUCACUUCCGUCAUUAAUGCUUUAUUCGCAUACUGAUGUUGUUCCUACACCUAAUAAAGAAUAUUGGAAAUUUGAUCCAUUUGCUGGAAUAAAAGAUUUUGAUGGAAAAAUUUAUGGUCGUGGUGCACAAGAUAUGAAAUCGAUUGGUAUUCAAUAUGUUGAAGCAAUACGACGAUUAUUUAAAAUUAACCAAAAUCAAAACAAUUUUCUCCGAACAUUACAUCUUGUAUGGGGUCCAGAUGAAGAAAUAGGUGGUGAAGAUGGAAUGGAAAAAUUUGUUGAAAGUGAAGUAUUUAAAAAAUUAAAUGUUGCAUUUGCUUUGGAUGAAGGAUUACCAACAGAUGAGGAAGCAUUUAAAGUAUAUUAUGCUGAAAGAUGUCCAUGGUGGAUUGUUAUAAGUUGUAAAGGUGUAGCAGGACAUGGAUUGCAAUUAAUCGAAAAUACUGCCAGUGAAAAAUUGCAAAAAAUAAUCAACAGUUUUAUGAAAUUCAGAGAGGAACAAAAAAAACUACUUGAAUUAAACAAAGAUUUAACGCUGUCCAAUGUUAUCUCUGUAAAUUUAACAAAAAUUGAGGGUGGAGUUCAAUUGAAUGUACUACCAACGGAGAUUAAAGUAUGGUUCGAUCUUCGGAUACCACCAAUGCACAAUUUUGAGGAAUUGGAAAAUCAAAUUAGCAAAUGGUGUACAGAUGCAGGUAGUGAUGUGACAUAUAGCUUUAUAAAGAAUACAAGAAUUAAAGCGAUGACACCAGUAACAGAUGAUGAUCCAUGGUGGCAUGCAUUUUCAUCAGUUUUUAAACAAUUGAAUUAUCCGAUAUUAUUGGAUAUUUUCCCGGGAUCAACCGAUUCACGUUUUCUGAGACAGAAAGGAAUACGAUCAAUUGGUUUUAGUCCAAUCAAUAAAAUACCUUUAUUACUUCAUGCUUAUAAUGAAUAUAUCACUGAGGAAUGCUUUUUAAAUGGUGUGACAAUUUAUGAAAAGUUAAUCGAGAAACUUGCUAAUUUACCAGGAUAA